AUGCCGAAGAAGAUCAUGUCAAUGUCCGCGCCCGAAGAGAUUAUCGAGAACUUCGAAAAGAAGGUUUUCUGGUAUUUCCAGCUCAUGGGACAUCAAAAGCUCAAGGAGAACUGGGAUGUCAAUGCGGAGGAUUGCUAUCUUCGAAUCGAGUCUGCAGUUGAACGACCCGAUACCUCUGUGACCUACCGAUUUGUGGUGACAAAAUCAAUGUGCGGCCCCCAAAUGCAUCUCCAUGGAGGAUGCGCUGCUACUCUUGUCGAUAAUUUCACGAACGUGCUUCUUAUCGCUGCGGCCACGCCGGGUCGAUUCUCGGACUCCGGCGUCAGUCGCAAUAUGCGCAUGACCUUCCUGCAUCCUCUUCCGCUGGGUGCUGAGGUCCGGGCAAUUUGCCGCAUGGUUAAUCUGGGAAAGCGUAUGGCGUUGACAAGGGCUGAUUUCUACGAUGUCGAACCCGGGGAGCUCUGUGUCAUAGGCGUGCACGAAAAGGUCAAUAUGGACCGCGAAGAAGUAGGCAAGUUGUAG